ACAGAAAAUCAAGUAAAUACAAAUAUUUCACUCUAGUUGCUUGUUAUCUUCUCAGUUAGUGUUAAAAUAUAUAUAGUUGUUUUAAUUGUCUCUAAACAUUAGUAAUUUUCAAGAAUUUUUCAAUUUCCACUGAACAAGAAAACAUGUGAUUUUUCAGUCUGCUAAUCCAGCUGACCUUGAGGGCUAGUCGUCCUAAAGACCCAGUGGAGAGUGGAAAGUGAAGUGUAGUUGCCAUGGAAGUUGCACAGAAUGGAACAAAACUGGUUCGCUCUUUCAAGAAUAUUCCUGGACCCUUCAGCCUACCUGUUGUGGGAACACUCUACCUUUACAAACUUGGAUUCUUCGAUGUACUCCAGUACCACGAGGUGCUGCAGCGACUGUAUGAGACAUACGGCCCUAUAGUGAGAGAGAAGAUUGGAUCUUCCACAGUAGUUCAUGUGUUCGACCCGGACGAUGCCAGGACCAUCUACCGGAAUGAAGGCAAGAUGCCUUAUGUUGUCCCUCUGCAGGAAACGGAUAAACUGUACCGACAGAAGGCUGAAAUGUCUCCGGGUCUUGGCAACACAAACGGGGAGGAGUGGUAUCGGCUAAGGGCUGCUGUGAGGCAUCUCAUGCUCAAGCCCCAAGACGUACAACAGUUCUUGCCCGGAGUGCGUGAAGUGGCUAAAGACCUUGUGGAAAGAUUCCAUGUUCUCCGAGAUCAGUCUGGUUUUGUUCCCAACCUAGCCGUUGAGAUCGGAAAAUGGUCUCAAGAGUCUGCAGGAGUCGUGUGUUUUGACAAGCGCCUGGGAUAUCUCAGCGAUGGACCCCAGCAGGCUGUUAUAGAAGAAAUCAUCAAGGCUAACAGAACAGUCUUUUAUCUUUCGGGGCUUCUCAAGUUCUCACUUCCAAUCUACAAAUAUAUUCCAACACCGAAGUGGCGCAAACUGGUUGCAGCAGAGCACAUUGUGGUCAGGACAGCAAGAAAGAAUACAGAAGAGGCGUUGCUAGCUGUCAGUAAACUUGCUGAUAACAAUCAGCUGACUGGCAAGAGGUUCAGUUUCCUGCUCUCUCUCAUGGCUAAACGUGAGCUCAGCAAAGAGGAUAUCAUUAUCGUCAUGUUAUCACUAAACAGUGAUGGCCUCAGCACGACUGUACCUACAGUAUUACAUAACCUGUACUGUCUGGCCACAAACCCAGCUGUGCAGGAGAGAGCGUACCAAGAAGUACAGUCAGUGGUAGGGAUGACUGAUGACAUUACUUCAGCACAUCUCGACAAGCUCAACUACAUCAAGGCUAUAGUCAAGGAGACAUUCAGAAUGUAUCCAAAUGGGACAGAAAUUUCAAGGAUUCUCCAAAGUGAUCUCAUUUUAUCUAACUACCACCUUCCUCCUCAGACAAUUAUCAAUAUCAACAUGGGUGUCCACUUCCGUUCUGACAAACACUUCUCCUAUCCGAACCAGUUCCGGCCGGAGAGAUGGGUCAGAGGAGAGUCAACUGAAAGCAUUCACCCCUUCCUGCUCACUCCAUUCGGCCUAGGCACCCGCACUUGUGCUGGAAGGAGGUUCGCGGAGCAGGACAUGUAUGUCUUGUUGACCGAAAUCAUCAGACGCUUCCAGUUGAGUUACGAAGGAACCCAGCCGAUGAAACUGGUCUAUAACACUCUUCUGCUGCCCGCAGGACCUCUCCCCAUACGGUUCAUUCCGAGAAAGCUUUGAUAGCUCCAGCUCAACAUGCUUCAGUGAGGAAAGCUGCCAUUAUUUCUUUGAGAGUAAUUGAUAAGUGGUUGCUGAAAAGUAUCUUAAUCAAUAUGUUCAAAAUUCUUUAUUUUAAGUUCUUAAGAUUAAAAACAACACUGUAUGGUUAUGAAAUUACUAUGCUAUACUGAUAUUUAUCUUUGUAAUAUUCAUAAUACUAUUAAUUAGGUAAUUGUUUUGUAAAUAGAUCUAGACUGCAGUAGUGUAUAGUAUGUAAGUUAAUUAAGGGGAAAAUUAUUACAAAUUUUUUAUAAAUAAAACCUUUAUUCAUAGAUAUUUACAAGGACUGCAAAACAAAUUAGUCAGCAUUAUAACAACAGUUAAAAAACAUGAUACACAAAAACCUUUAAUUACCAUUAUAUAUAUAUAUCGUAUAAAUAAUUUAAAAUAUUUAAUAAAUGUUGUUAUAUUAAACUGAAAGAAAAAAUCUUAUAAAUACAUGGUAUUUUAUAUUUAAACAGUAAAUGUAAUUACAAUACAUUCUAUUAUCAGCGUGAAAUAUGCCAUAUAAAAUAAAAGUUCCUAAAAAUUGUUCGAGAGUUUUCCUUAUGGAUUGCAGACCAGCUUCAUUUUCACGUAGAUAAUAAAAUGACCUGGAAAAAUAUUAACUUUAGUAAAUAUGUAACUUUUUCCCUUUACUCAACUAUUUGUACAUAAUCAAUGUAAUACAAUAAGUAGUACGUAAUCAUUUUACAUUAAGGACUGAAUGGACUGGACCAAUUUUAUAAAGAUUUUUAUGAAUUACAAUGUAUUUUCUGUA